UAUUCUUAUCCUACUUUUCUUCUGCUAGAACGCCAAGUCCGGAAUUACUUUAUCUAAUUUUCCUUUCCAGAAGCUAGAUACUUUUCCUAUCCAAUUUUUUUUCGACUAGAAGGCGACUUCCAGUUGUGGUUCUCCCCGGCAAUGUCAGUUCCUCUGGUUCAGCUUGCUCCGGAUUUGACUGUUUCAAAGCUUUGCUUAGGAACAAUGACUUUCGGCGAGCAAAACUCGGCGUCUCAGUCAUUUCACCUUCUCGACGAAGCUUUCGAUGUUGGAAUAAACUUCUUCGAUUCUGCAGAGAUGUAUCCAGUGCCACAGCGUGUUGUGACUCAAGGAAGGAGUGAGGAGUAUUUUGGCCGUUGGGUUAGAGAGAGGAAGAUACCUCGUGAACAAAUUGUCUUUGCUUCAAAGGUUACUGGACCUUCUGGGCAGAUGACUUGGAUUCGUGGUGGGCCAGAAUGUUUGGAUGCCAGGAAUAUUACAGAAGCCAUUGACAAUAGUUUGGAGAGAACACAAAUGGAUUACAUUGAUCUUUAUCAAAUUCAUCGGCCUGAUCGGUUUUUGGUAAAUUAUGGCUGCUUCUGUAGAUACGUUCCAAUGUUUGGAGAAACUCAGUACGAUCCAACCAAACAGUAUACUUCAGUUGGUGUCGAAGAACAGCUUGAUGCCCUUGGCAAAGCUGUUGAUGCUGGUAAGAUUAGGUAUAUUGGACUUAGCAAUGAAACUCCGUAUGGAGUCAUGACGUUUCUCAGGGUUGCUGAAAAGGUUCCCCAGUACCCGAAAAUAUUAACUGUGCAGAACUCCUACAACCUACUCUGCCGAACUUUUGAUUCUGGACUGGCUGAAUGCUGCCAUCAUGAGAGGAUCUGGUUAUUGGCCUACAGCCCUCUAGCAAUGGGCAUACUUUCUGGGAAAUACUUUUCACCUGAUGGGGGUCCAGCAGAUGCUCGAUUGAAUCUUUUUAAAGGUAAGUAUUCUGAAGGGGAAUCCCGAUACAAUCUGUCUAAUGGCAUGGUAAAAGCAGCUACCAUGGAGUAUCUUGACAUUGCAAGAAGAUAUGAUAUUCAUCCUGUAUCUCUUGCGUUUGGUUUUAAGAAAUGUAUGCUUAUAGGUCUGUGUAUCUUUACAGUGAAAGACUUCUCAUGUCUUCUACUUAUGGCCCUUGAGUCAGCUGUUUUCUUGGGUAGGUUUAAAAUAUUUUUUCAUACUGUGAUUUUUCACGGUCCAGCAUUUGUUUUGAGACACCCUCUUGUUGCAAGUGCUGUAUUUGGAGCUACCAAGUCAAGACAGCUUCAGGAGGUUAUAAAUGCAUGCCAGGUUGAGCUCACAGCCGAGAUUGUUGCAGAUAUCAAUAGAAUCCAUGCAAUGUGUCCUAGUCCUUGUCCCUGACUGAUUUCCUUUGUCAUGUUAAUGUUCCAAUAAAAAAUUGUAUUUGUUUGGUAUGUUCUGUAUGGACUUUUGGACUUGAUUGAUGAAAAGCACAAGACAACUCCCUUGGAAGAA